CGGCGAAAGACUGAGAACAAGAAAACAUAAAACGUAUUUGUGGAGCAUUGGGGGACAUGGCUUGAGCUGAAAGUGGGACAUUGAUCAAUAGUUUAUUCCAGAAAAUGUCCCGCUGUGUGGGUCAGAGAGUGUGGGAAUGUGUGUUGUGCUGGGUGUGUUGAGGUGGUCUGGCCCGCAUCUUGAUCGGUCGCUUCAAAACAGCAACAAGUCAAACGAGUCCGAGAAAGAGAGAAAGAGAAAGAUAUAAUAGAGAGAGAGAGAGAGACUGGUGAGAGGACGGUUUCCGAAGUUGAGGAUAACUUAACUUCUCGUUUUUUCUUUGAGUGAUCUCAUUCGUCAGAGAAAAAAAAAGAUUUCAAUUCGGAUUUGUGCCGCUCAAAAACGUAGGUUUGUGUGAGAGAAUAAUAUGAUUGUUACUCCAAGUAUAAUAUAAGUAUUGUGCUCGUGUGAUGUGUUGGCGAGUCUGACAGAGCCACGUUUUUGUUAUAAGUAAACACAAGACGCCCACACCCUGGGUUUUCCUGAUAGUUACCCUAUUUCCUACCAUUCCUAAGUGCUGCUCAAUUCAUCGCACGAAAUCGGGACAUGAGUGUCGAGAUAGCAGAUGCCAAGGAACUGGUCUGACGUAAGAUAAUAAUAGUAUUUUAAAAUAGUGUACCCUUUACUGAGCUUCCUCUGGAAGAAAUUGGCGGUCUGUCUGGCGUAUGUUGGCCAUAGAUGGCCACAUUGCGACAUGCUAUACAUACACAUGGGGGUGACGAAAGUCAGAAGAGUGUUUAUUCCUAUACAUAAUGGAGCUACGAUAUUGCACAUACACAAGACGUGAACGUGGUGGAUUUUCUGCGUUUGUUCGAGAACUUCUCCUUUCAAAAGAGAAGGACGUUUAUCCCUAAGUUUGGUUUGUCAAGUAGUAACGUUGACUUGGCGCAGAGUCUUCGUGGCUUUUUGUGAAAGUUAGGGCACGCGUUGGGGGAAUUGCCCGAGAGACAAUUGACUGAAACUAGGGAGCAUGAUUAUAACAGGAAUCGUACGUCGCCACAGAGAGGAGUUCGUGUGAAAUAAAGCCAAGGUAGCGACAAAAGUUCUCACAGGAUUUCGCCGAAUGACUUUAAAGGCACUAAACAGAGUAGCUUUUGGAUUCGAACAAGAUUAAUAUUGACAAAUGAACAGACGGAAACAAGAGGGGGAAAGAAAAAGAAGUAGGACCUACCAGUGGCACUCUCCUACCACUCGCUACCGCACAUCGAAAGUAGGACGCGACGUCAUGUAGUGGGAACACCUUUUGUAACUGGAAAUUUGCCAAGUCUAAAAACAGCGGUGGUAAUUUUUUGAAGCGUUUGUCAUACAAAGAAAUACGUAGGCCUACAUCUAACGGAAAUACCCAGGAUUCGCUGGUUUCUUUGCUCGCGCUGGGAGGUCAGACAGACACUCGCUGAUCGGGCUUCACACAGCACAGGAGUUGUUGAUCUCGUGUCUUCGGUUCUGAGAGAUCAUCAGUCUGUGGACUGCAGCAGUGCUGUCCACCUCUCGCUUCUGUCCUGUAAGAUCUUCCGUGGACUCUGGCAGGGACUGUCAUCUACUUGAACAGAGAACACCAUGUCAGGACGAGUACAUCCAAUUCAAAGAAGAAGAUCGCGCAGAGAACCAGAUCGCCUACUACCCGUGGGUCCCCUGGAUUCUCUUCUCCAUGGCUUUUGCGCUCAAACUUCCACACGUCAUGUGGACCUCAUUCCUGCCCAGCUCAGGCCUCAACCUCGGCAAGCUCGUGGAUCUGGCAGACUCGCACGAGAACAUCGAUAAUCUAGCCAAGAUCAUCCGCAUCUGGUUGGUCCGGACUCACAGAGUGCAGAAAAAUGUUUUGUCUAGGGUCAAGAAGAUUCUCGGGAGCGUAGGUCUGUUUUGGAUGGGCAAAAAUAGUCGGACGUACUUAACCGGUCUCACGAUCGGGGUGAAAUGGGCGUAUCUUUUAGUCACCAUCGGAUUGUUUUUCUCUCUCAAUCUGUUCAUUCAAGAGGAGUUCAUUUCGUACGGUUUUGAGGUUCUGGACGGCUUUCUCAGAGGAAUACCCCGGGAGUCAGUGACUUUUCCGAAAAACACAAUUUGUGACUUUAAGAUUCGCCAGCUGGCAAACAUUCACACGUACAGCAUUCAGUGUGUUCUGCCCAUCAACAUGUACAACGAGUAUAUCUUCAUCUUCCUCUGGUUUUGGCUGGUGCUUCUGUGUGUGGUCAACACCUACAGCCUCAUCAAGUGGAAUUUUUAUUUGCUGUCUCCUGGACAGCGGAGGGAAUUCGUCAAGGGUUACGCAGCCAUUGUUUUCCGACUGCUCCAAGAGGCGCAGAAACCCCCGGAUGUCGAUACAAACGGGAAUUCCCUCUCCUCCGCUCCAGCCAACGAUGCCACGCCCAUUCUAAACGGAGCUUCCCCUUCCGGAGACAACAAUGGCGUCCCCCGAGAGAGACGGCGGCUUCGGUUUGACUCGAUAGUAUCUGUGACGUCAUCAGGCGGCACUGACGUCCGAGCGGCCCCGCCCUCGCAGAUAGAAGAAGAUCCGAAGGAGGCGAGGCGGAGACAAGAUGAGAGGCAAAUUGACCGCAUCACUAAUAGGAUGAUCAAACAUUUCGGACAUGACGGCGUGGUGGUCUUCAGGACCUUGGAGUCCGGCGUUGGCGUAAUCAUUGCCAACCAGAUUUUCCAGGAACUGUACCUGCAAAUCACACACGCCAUGCACUAUCUGUGACCCCGAGUGUGCGACAAGAGAAAAUGACGGAGUUGCAAUUUAUUUUGCCGAAGACGUUAGUGACGAGUGUGAAUAGGUCAUAAUAUGAAUGGGAUUAGGAGGGCGAGGAGGAGGAUGAAUAGAAGGAAGAGGAGA